AUGGCGGAGCACUCGGCGCCCAGCGGCUUCUCGUUGAGCGAGAGCUCGGCCACGUGGCCAUCGGGCGGUAUCAACGACGGUAAGCGUCCUCCGUUGCCCACGUCCUUCCGGCCGGAGAAGCGCGGGCGCGCGGACAACGACGACCCACACGACAGCUCAACGCCCAUGGAUGUGAGCGGCCCAGGCUGGAAAUCGUCCACGUCGUCCACGGACGGCGCUUCGGGCGACGUUAACACGGGCACAUACACACGUGUUCACCUCAAGGUGAAGGCGCAGAGUCGUCUGGGCGAGACUGUGCACUGCUCAGGCUCAUCUUUCGUCAUGGGACACUUUAACCCGAACGAAAGCAUGACACUCGUCACUACGCCCGAGGAUUACCCGUACUGGACGACUGUCAAACCCAUGCUAUUGCCUCGUGGCGUACCGCAUCAGUACAUGUACGCGCUCUUCUCCGGUGGAGUCUUCAGCUCGUGGGAACAGAUCGAACGCGAAAGAGUGCUGGUCCCUGAAGGGCGCGAGAUGCUGGUCGUGGAAGAGUACGGUAUAUACGACCAGGACAUGGAGCUCGUCCCGACGGGCGAACGCAUUGAACGCUCGCUGGUCUACGAGCGGCGGAGAGACGAAAGUCCCGCAACUCCAAGACAGAUCAACGCGUCCGAAGACAUGACCGACAUUCCAGCCACUCGGGACGAGGAAUCGAAGGAGACAGGGGCCAGACUGGCGGCCCGAGUGGCUGAGGAUAAGACCGAAGCAGACGCCAAGUCCCCGCCCAGCAGCGUUACAGGUUCUCCCAGUCAGAGGUUCCGACAGACGAACAAGCUGCAGAGCAGGUACAAACGAUACAUGCCGUCCAGUUAUCAUCCGUCCCCCGAUGCGAUGCUGUUCUUGGUCUGCUACCACUUGCCGGUUAAACUCAGCAAGUCUACAGAGGACGGAGCGUGGUCUGCAAAGUGGAAUCGCGAUAGUUUGAUCUCCAGGAGUGACAAUAGCAUUGCAGAGAGUAUGAGCACGACGUGGGUGGGCUGCGUGACGUACCAUGCGCGUAGUGACCAGGAGGAACUGUCCGAAGACGACAAGAGCGAGAUCACGGCCAUCUUGGCUGAGAUGAACUGCAUCCCAGUGUUUAUUGACCGUCAGCUGGCUGCGAACCAUCACGGCGGGUACUGUAAGAGCAAGUUGUGGCCAAUGUUCCACAACGUGGACAUUCUGGACAUUUACUACUCGAUUUGGGACCGCGCAGAGGUGAUUGAGUGGAAGGAGGAGCGUAAUAACGGCGAGUGGUGGGAAGCCUAUCAGACAGUGAACAGGUUGCUGGCCGAGCGUGUGGGAGAGCUGUGCAAGGAGAACGACACCGUGUGGGUACACGACUACCACUUGCUGCUGUUCCCGUCGUAUUUGGCUAACGCGUGCAGGAGCGAGAACCGUAAAAGACCCAAGAUGGUCUUUUUCUUGCACGUACCGUUCCCUACAUCCGAAGUGUUUCGAGAGCUUUCGCACGGCACGCAACUACUGGAAGGCGUGCUGGACGUGGAUAUUGUAGGCUUCCACUCGUUCGACCACGCGCGUCACUUUCUGAAUGCUUGCAAGCGGUUCCUAGGACUCUCGUAUCAGUCUCGACGCGGUGGGAAUCUCGGUGUGGACUACCGUGGCCGUAAUGUGGUCAUCACAAUCAGUCACGUGGGUAUUGAAACAACGUUAAUUCGUGAGGUGCUGAACGACCCGAAGGUGCAGGAAGCAGCUCGCCAAUUGCGUGAGAAGCACAAGGGAAAGGUCCUGAUUGCAGGAGCAGAUGUCUGUCAGAGACUGAGUGGCAUCCCCUUAAAGAUGCUGGCGUUCGAGCAGUUCUUUGGCAACUGUCCGUCUUGGAAAGAUAAGCUCGUGUUUGUGGAGCGAGCGACGUUGACACAGACGCGGCUGGGCGACCAGAACUACAGCAGCAACGAGAUCCGCAAGCUUGUGGAGCGGAUCACCAAGGCGCACGGCCCCGAGUGCAUCGACUACGAGGAGUCGUCUUCCCCUUUGACUAUAGAGCAGCGCGUGACGCUGUGGCUCGCCAGCGACAUCUUGAUGGUCACGUCCAUCCGAGAAGGACUCAACUUGAAGCCACUAGAGUUUGUAUUCGCCAAGGGAGUCAACCCUGAAAAUCCCCCUGGUGUGGUGAUAUUGAGCGAGUUUUCGGCCUGCUGUUGCGUCCUGAACGGAGCUGUGCGUGUCAAUCCGUGGAAUAUCACAGGACUCGUGAACUCGUUGGACCACGCGUUGACAAUGAGCAACGAGGAGCGAUUAGGUCGUCGCGCAAGGGACUUGCCGUACAUUACCAACCAACCCGCUGCUAACUGGACCAAGCAAGUGCUGUCUGUUCUCCAUGAGGCGACGGAAAACCCGGAGGGUAAUGAGGAAUACACCAACAUGGAGUACAUGGACACGGAGAUUGGUCGGUCUCAUGUCAUGCGUGUGGGCGAUCGCUCCGACUUCAAGCAGCUGAACAUUGACAAGGUGAUGGCAGCGUAUAUGCAGUCCAAGCGACGUGUGUUCCUGCUUGACUACGGUGGCACGAUUAUAGCGCGUGAGAAUAUCGCCAUGUACGUGAAGAAGGACUUCACUGCAGUGACUGGGAAGCGGCCGUCUCGUCGUAUGAUGGAGGCUCUGACCAACUUGACGAAUGAUCCACGCAACACGGUGUUUGUGGUGAGUGGCGUGACGAAAAAGAGUCUUACGGCGUCUCUGGGACACAUCCGCGGUCUCGGUCUAGUGUCUGACAACGGCGCUCUGUACUCGUGGGCAAAGUCUAUCGACAUCGACAACACGGAGGACACGAAUAUGCAGGACGAUAGCAACCCUACGGACCGUCACUGGCAUCAACACAGCUUCAAGUUCGACUGGCGUCCAGUUCGAGAGGCGGUGGACCCGAUCCUGAAGGUUUACUGCGCACGUACGAAUGGGAGUGUGCUGCGAUACGCCCAGCAGAGUAUUGCGUGGAACUUCCGCUCGACGGACCCGGAGUGGGGGCUCUUGCAAGCUAAUUCGCUGCAGAAUGAUCUCGAGGAAGUGAUCCGCGAUCUUCCAGUGAAUAUCAUCCGCAAGAAAGGGCUGCUGGAGAUCGUGCCCGAAGGACUCAACAAGGGAGUGGUGGCUCGUCAGAUCUUGACUCAAGACGCUGCAAUCAGCAACGAUCAUCCGGACUUUCUCUUCUGUAUUGGAGAUGACACCACGGACGAGAGUAUGUUCAAGGCUAUUUACGACUAUUAUGCAGAGCGGACGGAGGAGAGUGUCCAUGGACGACAUGGCAACGGCACUUAUGAGGACUUCUUGGCUGCUGGUGAUGAAGGUCCACUCCAUCACGUUUUCACGUGUACGGUGGGUAAGAAGCCCAGCAACGCGCAUCUGUACGUCAACAAUGUGGAUGAGGUGGAGCAGUUGCUGCAAGCGCUGAGUAAAGCUUUAGGCGAGGUGCGUUGA